AUGGCAUCGGUACCAAACCUUCCAUCUCGCUAUGAGAUUCGGCCGCUCGAGCCAAAACACUGUAACUGGGCCCAGGCCAUUGUAGCUCUUAGCAACGUCUAUCAGACAACCGUAUGGACAGCCUCAUGUCCAGAAGAGUUGACGCGGCGUGCCUACAAAGUCUGCAAAAGUAUGGCAUAUCUGAUACAGCAUCAAAUUGAAUCCGGCCACUCAUUGGGAGUUUUUGACAGAGAAUACGAGUUCAAACGGCCAGAGUCCGUCACCACUUCAGGAAGACUCUACUGGGACGCUGAUGACGAGACUGUCAGCUUCACCAAGCUGCUUGAUCAGAUGGAUUUCCCUCUUGUGUCAGUCGCUAUGGCAUACGACAGCUUCGAUGCGCUGAAUCCUGAAAGGCUGAUGGAUAUGAUGGCAGCUCUCCCUGGCUUCGGACCUGCCAUGGGUGCCUUGCAAGCAGCCGAUCAACGAAACAAUUCCUGGAAAGCCACUGGCGCAGGUCAAGUAUUAUUCCGGGCUGCGACGAGCACGCGGCACGAGUAUGAGGGCAAGGGCAUCAUGAAAUCACUGGCGCACCACCUAAUGCGCACUGCGGCAGCAAAGGGGUUUCGAGCGAUUCAAAUCGAAUGCGUGUCCGAUGCGGUCACCCACGUCUGGAGCCAUCCUCCAGAGCCAUUCCACACGGACCUCGUGAGCGAGAUUAACAGCAUGGAUGUGAUGGCUGAGGAUGAAUCUGGCAGCACGUAUUAUCCGCUUAGGCCAGCGAAGCAGAGACUGUACAAGAUGCCACAACAAGCCUCAACCAAAUCAUUCUCCUUCGUCAACUAUGAUGGUCCAAACCUCGCCACUGAUGCGCAGGUUCGGCGGCGCAUCCGACAGCAGGCAAUGAAAGACACUGCCACGGCCCGGAGACAGAGGGGAGACUAUGGCAAGCACAACAUGAGGCAGUAUCCCAUGUUCGUGGGACCCAAGCCGUUGCUUGACGACGAUUCAGAGGCUCUUGAUGAUGCCUCAAGUCUAGAUCAAUUGCAGCGCUUUUACCAGCCUCCCUCCCUUUCCAUGCCUUUUGCCUUCCAAGACCCGAUGAUGCCCAAGCAAUUCUCUGUUCUCCUUAAUCUCAUGCCGCUAACUGGCCUCCGCCUCGGUGUCGGCACGCUUUCUCACUAUUUAUACGAACCAACACAGCCUAAAGAUCGUAUCAUCGCAGCCCAAGUCUCAAGUCAGAGGCUCUUGUCAUUUAUACCCAGCCGAUACGGGCACGUGUCGCUGCUCCGCCACGCAACCGAUUGUGUCAUUGCAAAGCUUCAGUACCUAUCCCAGCGAGAGGAGGAUAGAUCGCCCAAAGGCGAUUUGAAGGCGCUGAUGCACUAUCAAAAAGCACUCAAGGCGCUGCAACAUGCCUUGCUCGAUGAGCGCGAGUGGGCAAAACCAGAGACGCUAUGUGCCACACAACUAUUGGGAAUAUUCGAGGCUCUCAAUGGAGAUGAAAGGGAAGAUUCUUGGAUGCACCACGUUGGCGGUGCAGCUCGGCUAGUAGAGGCUCGAGGCGCCCAUAUGUUCAAUACAGAAUUCGAAAAGGCUUUAUUCCUGGCGCAUAUCGGGCCAACGGUGAUGUCAGCAUUCUUGAAUAACACGCCUUGCUUUCUGGAAGAAUCCCAGUGGCAAGCCGUUAUUCGAGAGGCCGUUAGUGAAGACACAACUCUUACAAACGACAAGGAAUUUGCUCUUGCUCUAUGGGGAGGCCUCAUUGAGAUGCCAAGACUGUUCAAAAGAACAACAGAGUUGUUGCUUUCACCAUGUGCGCCUUCACAGAAAGACAUUGACGAUAUCACAGAACGCCUCUUGGCAAAGCGUAAAAAUCUCGUGAUUUGGCUAAGUCUGAUAAAGAAGCAUCCCAUAGUCCAAACCAGCGGUCUUAGCGAAGAUGAAUAUGGAGUUCUGGUCUUUCCUGGCGACUUUGACUAUAGGAAGUUAGGCCCCUGGUGUCUAACGCGUCUAGCUUUACGAGGAACAUACGCAGUCUGUCGAAUGAUCAAGUCACGCCUCUUAUAUGCUAUUGCUCCAGCAACAUUCCAUGACUUGGAAGUUGAGGCGCAAGAAAUUGCACAUCGCAUUCUCAACCUAAAGGAAGAGAUGGCCCCUUUCAAAGAUUCAGCUUUGAUAUGGAAUCAGUUUAUGGCGCAAGGCAGCUGGAUUGCCAAGGGUAUAGCUGAAACAAAGGACGCAUGGAGCAAGGAGGGCGAAGGGCACGACGGUAUGCUUGGCAAGUCCAAGUUUAAGAAGUGGAACCAAGUAAUAGGGAGGAAAAUAUCCUGA